AUGAAUGGAGCAUAUAUGGCAAAUGGAUUAAUUCUUCUCAAUUUAUUCGGAGAUGUCCUCUAUAUAAUUGAAUAAAGAUUAAGAGCAUAAGGCAUUGAUAAGGAAAAAGGUGAAACUUAAAAUCUAUUCCCUUAGGAUUGACUGUUUUGAAUGAUCUUGCCAUUAAAAUAUACACCUAUCCAAAUCUAUAAAAAAUAUUCACUCCAGCAAAGACAUUAUCAAACAAUGAAAUAUUUUAACAGGUUGAUCAAGUUGUCCAUUGUUCAAUUAUGAAACUAAAUGAAGAUAGUUUAUCAAAAUUAUUUGAUCUAGUAAUUAUGACUUUAAAGUCUUAUGUUAUGAAAUCAAAUUCACCCUAUGAAAUUUAUCUAUGCACACUUAGACAUUUCGAUGUCAUAUAGGAAAUUGGAAUAAAUGAUUAAGCUAUUCAAGCAGUUCUUCAAUGUAAAUAAACAUUUAUUGACAAAUACUCUAAAUUAUCUUCUUUUGAAUAUAUGAUGAUAAGAGGAGAGAUCAUGAAAUUAUUGGGAGGUAAAUUUACUAGAGUAUAAAUGUUUUUAAAUGAUAAAUCCCAAAAUCAAGAUGGAACUUUUUAAUAAAGAUCUUAUGGUUUAUCAGGAUAUGGUGUUGGAUAACCAGGUGUAAUUAGAAUGCUUAAAAUCCCAGAAAAAUACAACGUUGUUCUAGCUGUUUCAUCUUAAUUUAAAGAAAAUAAAAGUACUAAUCCAUUUUAAGGAAAAUGUAAUCUUGGUGAAAAUAUAUUCUAAAAUAAGGAAUCCUAAUAAUAGAACAAAUCAUAAUCUAUAUUAUCAACUCAAAAUUUCUAUAAAACAGAUUCACUUGAUUCUCAAUCUUCCAAAUUUUAAACUUAAUCAUUAAAUCAUCUAGCUUAAUUGAUUCAAGCAAAACCAAUAGAUUAAUAAGAAGAUAUUAAUCUUUUCUAUAAACCAACUGCUAUAAAAUAAAAUAUUGAUAAUUAAUAAUAGUCAUAACUCAUUAAUCAAAAUCAACCCUAAUAAUAAAGUUAAAUAUUAAAACAAAAUAUUAUUUAAUCAUUUGAUGAUACUAAUAAUAAUCUGUAAUCCCAUUUAUUAUAAAAUGAUUAAGAAGAAGAAGAAGAAGAUGAAAUCGAUCUACUUACAUUGAUGGACAAAGCAGCUUAGAAAUGA